AUGUCGGGACACACGAUCAUCGAUAUGCCCGCAGCCAUGUCUACAGAGAGCGACAAGUACUCGGUUAUCCUGCCGACGUACAAUGAGCGCAAGAACCUCCCCGUCAUCACUUGGCUGCUGGCCAAGACGUUUGAGGCCAAUGGCCUCGCUUGGGAGAUUAUCGUUGUCGAUGACGCGAGCCCCGACGGUACUCAGGAGGUGGCGCGCCAGCUCGCCAAGAUCUAUGGCGACGACAAGGUUGUGGGUAUCACGGUCCACUUGAACCGGUCUCUGGAUGGGAAGGCGGGUUGGGGAUGUGCUAGAGUACCGGCUACCUGGUAUGGUGUGUCCGCCUCACUCGGUACCAGUAUUCUCAAGCCUCGAGCCGGCAAGCUCGGUCUCGGAACUGCCUACGUCCACGGCCUUAACUUUGUCACUGGCAACUUCGUGAUCAUCAUGGACGCUGACUUUUCUCACCACCCCAAGUUCAUCCCCGAACUUAUCAAGCAGCAAAAGCUGCACAACCUGGACAUCGUCACUGGAACGCGCUACGCCUCGACCCCGUCGCCAACCCCGAACCCUCGCGGGUCGGUCGGCCUCGGCCCCGGCGGUGUGUACGGCUGGGACCUGAAGCGCAAGCUCGUGUCGCGCGGCGCCAACUUCCUCGCCGACACGGUCCUCAUGCCCGGCAUCUCGGACCUGACAGGCUCGUUCAGGCUGUACCGUACCCCCGUGAUCAAGGACAUUAUCAGCAGGUGUACCUCCAAGGGAUACGUCUUCCAGAUGGAGAUUGUGGUGCGCGCCCGUUCGCUGGGGUACACUGUGGGCGAGGUGCCCAUUACGUUUGUGGAUCGUAUCUAUGGCGAGAGCAAGCUGUCCGGAAACGAGAUUGUUGGCUACGCAAAGGGCGUCGUCAACCUCUGGUGGAACGUCGAGUAA